AAUCCGCGCUGGGUUGCCAGGCAGAAAAGGAAUCCGGGCGGCGCUCCCCCCCUUUAUUCCCCCUCCCUUUCGCGCCGAGGGAUUUUUCCGAUUGGUCCGCCCGUCCCCGACGGAAUGCGCUACCCGGAUGACCCCCCCUCCCUCAAACCUCCGGCUCCGGCAGCUCUGCGGCUUUUUGUCCCGCCCCUCCUCCGGAUUGGCCGAGCGGGGCCGGUUUCCCUUUUUCCCAUUGGCCGCCGCGGCACCUGUUGCUAGGCAGAGCGCGGCCUAGCACGCCGGGCGGAGCGUCACUCCCGAUGAGUCGGCGUUGAUCCGUGAGGGGAAGGCGAGCGAGCGAGGAGAGAGCGAGCAGAGAGAGCGAGCGAGCGAGCGCGGCGCCCAGGCCGAGCCACCCUUCCAGACCGCUGCAGCCGAGCCUUGCCGCCAUGGCCUCGGGAGCCGAGUGAGUCUCACACGGGGGGGGGGAGAGACCCGCCUGACAGGAGGACCCCCCCCGGUCCCUCCUUCCCUCCGGGCCGCCGCCUGAGGAAGGCCUCGCCGCCUCCUUCGCUCCCUCGCCCGGUCCUACGAGGCCUGGAACGGGGGGGGGGCGGCGGAUUGAGGAGACAGAAAAGCCCCCCCCGUUUCCCCCUCCCUCAGGCGCCGCCAUUUCUCUCUCCCCCCGCCGUGGCCUCUCCCCCCCAAAGCCUUCCUCGAGGAGGGGGCGCCAUCAUUUCCUCGAGGGGAGGGGGCGCCGGCUCCUUCCUGGCCUCCCCCCCCCCGUAGGGCCUCUCAUUGAGGGGUCUUUCUGUGGGGGGUCCGGGGGGGGCGUGAUGCCCCCGGGCGCCGGGGGGGGGACGGAGCCGGAGGGAGGCGGCGCUUCCUCCUCGGCGAGGCCACUUCCUGCUCCGCCAGUUCUGCCGAGUCACCCGCCGCCUCCUGGGCCGGGAGAGAGAGGCGGGCCGGGGGGCUGUGGGGCUCCCUUCCUCGGGCCUCCAGCGCCGCCUCCCCCCGCCAGGCGCCUCCAGGGCUGCGGCGGAAGCAGGGCCGCCCUGGCUGGAUCUGCCGGUUCAGGGGGCGUCGCCGGGCAGCUUCUGAACGUGGCUCCCGAAGGGUUGCUGAAUCACGGAGGAGGAGGAGGAGGAGGAAGGGGGCCUCCCCAGAAAGGAGAAUACUACCUGCAAGGAGCCCUUGGGGAUCCAAUGAUCUCUCGUUUCACAUAAGAAACAAGCCUCUUUAAUAAGAAGCGAGGGCCUUCAGAUUCACACUUGUCAGAUAUGGGGAGGGGGGGUCCCUUUUCCAACAUGCUGUCAAGUUGCAGGCCAGAUGCUUCUAUGGUUCUCGAUGGAUCCUCAAGCCACACUGGCGAGAAUGCUUCGCCCGCUGAGCUCCGAGGCUCUUGGGCAGCUGCUCUCUUUCUCCCCGGUGCACAGCAGCAGGGUAACUGGCCUUGCUACCAUUAGGUACUUUCAAGCCAAGUCCCCUCAUGUGGCUGGCUCAGGAAGAGUAUGUGCUCAGGUUGGUCAUCACCUCCCAUUGUUCCGAGGGAGAACUGUGGCUGCUAAACUUGCACCUGCUCCACUUAGCAAAACACACUGCCUCGUGGGAUUUUCUUGCUAGUAAGCAAGGUAGGAUGCUGGUGUGCUUCAGUAGGAAUUCUUAGCUGUGGCAGCCAUCUUGUCAUAUGGAAGCCACAAAGCAUUGGUCAUGUGAUACCAGCUAGAGAAGGACUCCUUAGGUUCACCACUUCCUGGUCUUAACUCUCAAGUGAACAAGGAAUGGGAAUAAAACCAAUUUGCACAUCACUUGCUGAUUAGGCUCUUCCAUUUUGGCUUGAGCUUCACUGGUUAUUAGAGAGCAACAUGUUUGGGUUUUCAAGCUGGUCUUAUGCUGUUGGUAGAGUAACUAAAGCUUAGGAUUAUUUAAAAAAUUUCUGUCUUAAAGGGCUCUCGACAGCUAUGCUGGGAGAGGUGAGAAACAGUCAUGGUUAAGUGACAACAGAAACAGCAUUUCACAAAACAUUUGCCACCUUGCAAAAAUGUACUGUCCAUUUUUUUGGGGGGGGGGAUUUCUGCAAUAUGAAUAGCAAUUGCCAAUCAAUAGUAAGGUCUGGAAGCAUUGUUUUCUUAUUUGGCAUUAUGUCGCAACAACUAAUUGACUUUGUGGGAUUGGUACAAUGCUGCUCUGAGCAAACUGCUUCAUGCCCUCACUCUGAUUUGGCUUUCUGAUGUUAUGCAGCAAAAAAACUCAUGCCCUUUUAAACAGGAAUACUGAAGCAGCUGCUGGGAAGUGGGGUGGUGGGACAGUCCAACAAUAGCCAAAGUUGUUUCUUACUAUUGGCCCAUCUAGCUCAGUAUUGAGCUGACUGGCAGCAGUUCUUUAGGCUUUCGAGAAUGAAGUCUUCUCAGCCUUACCUGGAGAUGUCGGGGAUUGAAUCUGGGUAUUUUGUGCUCCUAUGAACUAUGGUCCCUUUUCACAUCCUAAAAACACACUUGUAUGAAAACAGCACUCUCUUUAAAAAGUGAUAACAGUAGAAGUCUUGUUCCUGCUUCUUCUAAUUCUGCUACAUUAAAAAAAUCUGAUGGCCGAAAUAGGUAAGUUUGGGGGCACUGAGAUCACAAGGACUCCUUAACUAAUCAGUAUUGCAAUUAAUUUUGCAUCACUGGGUGCUUCUCAACUUGGCGAGCAUUGCGAGGUGAAAGGAGCCUUGCCAGCAACUUCCUUUUUAAAACCUUGUAAAGUAUGUCUGGAUGACUUUGCAUGAGAGCAGGAAGAUAAUUGGCAGGUAGGUAGACUCUUGAGUAUUUUCUUCUCUUCACUAUGAAUGUGAUAUGUCCUAUGGAAUUCCCUGGUUUCCAGUCAAAAGUACAAGUAUUGGUUCCUCUACUUAAACAUACAGGCCUCGAAAUAAAUGAAUAACAGUUUUUAGCUUUUUUCUUACAUAAUAGUAAACAGACAGCUGAACCCUUUCCUACUAGCUUUGUUGCCUAGAAAAAUUCCUGAACCUUCAUAAAUUAUUAUUUGCAAAUCUAGGCUUCAUCUUCCUUUUGUUGGCUGAAGCGGAUUUGUUUUUCUUUUAACCUGGUUGUUCUCGGGUGACAUGGCUGAGGCAAGACCAGCUGCUUGAAAUUUACAGGUGUCAUUGCUGAGAUCCUUCCUUCUAUUUUUAAUGCAGUUACAGCAGCUUAGAAGAACCAACUUUCCGGUUAGCUGUGAAACAACAGAUCUCUUCCUCCAUAAUCUGCUUCCAGUUACAAUUCCAAAUGAAGUGUCUUCUGUGUUAGAGCUAACUGGUCCCUUGGCUUUCCAGUAUUUCCUCUAGCCAAGUAUCUUCCUGAAGAUCUGUCGGGAAUCUUGAUGGCCUGGUUCUAAGAAAGUAGUAGCCACCAUGCUGUUAUUUGAAACUUCAUUGCCACAAUGCUUGCUUAUUCACAUUUGUGUUUUCUUCGGUUUUCAAUUUUUGGAUGUUCUGUUGGAAGACCGUCUUCCACUGGAAGUGACCUUCCAAAAGUCAUGAAGAGGGUUAAAAUCAGUUCCCUGUAGCUCUCUGAUAGCUCCUUCCAUUUCCCAGUAUUGUACUUACACUCUUCACUUCUCUUGAUUGGUAAGAGGGACCUGGAGUUGCUCCUCUGCCACCAGGAAUGUGGGUUUUCUUGCACUGGAAAAUUUUCCAGAGAACUUUCUCAAUGUUCCAUUUCCAGAUAGUUUUGUGAUUUGAUUUAGCAUGUCUGUUUGCCUUACAUUAAGGCCACCCAACUAAAGUUUAUGUUCUGCAUAAAUAUUAAUUUUUUUCCAAUAGCCCAAAGUAAAUGAACUGAAAAACAUUAUUAGAAGAGUGCACUUAGAGUACUUAAAUGUUACCCCGAAGCAUAUUCAAUACUUUACGUCGAAAUUAUUUUACUGGAAUUAAAUUUGUAAAGAUUUGCAGACUGAUUACAUUUUAUGAUAUGCCCUCUCAUUUAAGCUAUUCCCUUUCAUUAUUUAGAGGUAAGAAAACUUGAAGGCACUGAAAACUGUUUAACAUACCUGGGAAGCUGUGCUUUCCAGACAUAUACAACGGGGGAUGGGGAAUCGAUUACAACCUUUUUUGGGCUGACUGAUACUUAAUCCAUUCCAGUUGCUUAGUUUGAAUUGCAUUAUUUCUGUUCAUCACAUGACUGACAGUUUUAUGAAACAACUUGUGUCUAAUAAUGGCGCGUUCCCUGCCAAAAUGUGAUGGUGGAGAAAACCCCCACAUUGCAUUACUUGACUGCAUCACACUUGAGCACAUUAAGUUGCCUGAACAAUAUCUGGCUCUUCUCCAGUACUAGAGAGUUGGCCCCAGGUGCUGCUUCUCACCCUCCUCCAAAUUUGGGUUUGCUGGUACCAUAACAGUUGUUCUUCAUCUUAGUUGUCAGCCUUAACUGGUGUAAACACAUCUGUAUUUCCUCAAUUGCUGCAUAUCAUUGAAGGCAGAUUUAGGAGGGUUGGCUUGGUGUCCUAUUUGGCAUCCUGCAAAGCAUCUACCAGUCACUUCCAGUAGGCUCACUCAUUUCACACUAUCCUGUCAUGAGUUUCUUAGGGGUUUUCUUCUUUUAGGCUCUGUCUAUAAGCAUAUCUGCCAGGGAACAAAAUACUUGAAGAACUCCCAUUUUCAUACCAUUCAUGUAUUUUCUGCUUGAGCUGUGCAAAAGAAACUGUCAGUUUCACUUUUGUUUUUGGGAAUGUAAAGCCAUGAUGUGUCAGUUUCCAUCUUAAGGGUGGAACUGAUGAGCUAAUGAAACUGUUACCUAGGCCUCAUUCAGUUCAACACAUUCUCAGACUUGUGUUGAAGUUCUUGCUUAGUUUUUAAAAAACAAAACCCUUGGACAAUUUGGACUGCAAACUGGAUAUUGUAAGAGACUCUUCAGUGAUUCUGCCUCUUCCUAGUGGAAGUGAUGGGAUAGGGCUGCUCUUCAUCUUCUUAGAACCUUGGCUGUGUGAUCCUUCAGGGCUCUCUAGGUUAUCAAGUCUUUGAUCUUGCUCUGUGUCUGGCCAGGGAGGUUGCCUGCAGGUGAUGGUAAAGGGGGACUCGUGGCAGUUUAUGACCCACCAAGGCUUAAUCGAUGGGGUCCAACUUCCCCAACUGUCAAACCUUGAAAUGUUCGUGGGACCCUUUCUGUGCAUGUAAUUUUGGGUUGUUAGGGAGCUUGAGGCAGCAGUGUUAAUGCUGCGGCAGCUGCACUUCCAGGGCACAAGUCAGGUGCUGGUUUUAGCUCACAGAACCUUAAAUGGUUUGAGCAAUUAAUCUGUGUUGAAUUUUGACCUCCAUGUGGGAAAUGAAAUGUUGAGGGCUUGCAGAAGGACUCUGCCUAUUGUACACCCUUUAAUUCCUCUCCUCUCUUCUGAUGCAGACUAAGCUUGGGCAUCUUCUGGGAAGUCUACACAAACAUUUUGACAGAAUAAGUGUCAAGAUUUGCCUAGGGACUAUCACUUAAUGGGGGGGCUCUUUGUAUGUGGGUUGUUUGCCACAUUGCCUGCUUUCUUUUUCACAAUGGUAAGUGGUUUCUGAAUGCUUCUGGUCUAUAACUGCUCAGUAGAAAACAGAGUAGAGGGCACUGGGAGAACACCUUGCACCCACAUUGUUGCUUGUUUUGAAUUUUGUUGCAUAGAAUGUUGUACUUGCCUUUCAACUAAGGUUUGCCUAAGAGAAAAUGUAACAAAGAAGCAUAGAAUGCAAAUGGUUGAACAAGGGUGUGGCUCCGUCUCCUAUGCUUCCAACAACUCUUGUCUUCUCUUAUUACAGUUCCAAAGCUGAUGACUUGUCAACUGCAAUUCUCAAGCAGAAGAACAGGCCCAAUCGGCUAAUUGUUGAUGAAGCAAUCAAUGAGGACAACAGUGUUGUGUCACUGUCACAGGUGUGUUCAACAUAUCAAUAGAGAGCCAUAUCACUGAUAUGUGCAAUUUGUUGGUGACUCUUUGAUUGACACAGAAUGGAGGAAGCUGUCUCUGAACAGGCUAUUUGUAUUGCCUAUUCUGACUUAGUGGCUCAGUGGGUUUUCAGGAAGAGGCUUUACAUCAUAUCUAACACCCCCACACUGUUACAACCAGGUACCUGUGGGUUUUCCCAGCAGGACACUCUCCUAAAUUUACCUUUAUUCUGCCUUGUAUCCCUUCUGCUGAUUAAUAUUUUGUUCUUAACUGGAUGCUUUUAUCAAACUAGUACAUUACCAGUUGUAGUCAAUUUCAGAUCAGCAGAAUUAAUAUACCGAUUUGUUCUUAAAAUUCAGUUGGGGAUCUGCUUUUUCACACUUUCUGUUUUCAGGCCAAAAUGGAUGAAUUGCAGCUGUUUAGGGGAGAUACAGUCCUGCUGAAAGGGAAGAAGAGGAGAGAGGCAGUGUGCAUCGUCCUGUCUGAUGACACCUGCUCUGAUGAGAAAAUCCGCAUGAACAGGGUUGUUCGCAACAAUCUGAGGGUGCGCCUUGGAGACGUGAUCAGGUGAGGUCUGCAUGUCCUGUUAAACACACAGAGUUAAUUUGGUCAGUAAGCCUGUGGCUAAUAUGUGGAAAGUGGAGUCUCUGGAAUUCUUUUUAUCAUGAGUUCUGGGGUUCUUAUUAUCAUAAUGUUCUUCACUUGGAAAAAAUUAUGUCAAUAUUGACUUCUUUCUAUAAAUUAUGCUGAAUUUGAGAGAGCUGUAGAGUUUGAAGCAUUUUGUUCCAGUCCUUUUGCAGAGGGUGGGGGAGAGAAGGAAAUUGGAAGGAAAAGUCAGAAGACCUGGAGGCCAGGGUGAGGUGGGGCAGAAAACCAAUUGACUAGGAAGCUGCCUUAUUCCGAGACAGACCGCUGGACCAUGUAACUCCUUAUUAAGUGAGCUGAUGAGCAGUUCUACCGGGUUUCGGGUGGGGGCCUCUCCCAGCCCUACCCGGAAAUACUCAGUCUCGACCUUCUACAUGCAGAGCAGACAGUGUACCUCUGAGCUAGGGCCCUUCCUGGAUGGAAGGGGAAAUGACAGGGACGGUCUGUAGCUGAGUGAUUGGGCAUCUGCUUUGCAUGCAGAAGGUCCCAGGUUCAGUCACCAGCAUCUCCAGGUCGGGCUGAGAAAGAUUCCCUGCCUGAAACUCCGGAGAGCUGUUGCUAGUCAAUGUAGACAAUACCAAGCUAGAUGUCCCCUUGUCCUGACUGGAUGAGAGAGAUUCCUAAGUCCCCCAUCGAAAAGUUGGAAAUGAAUAGGAAGUCUGAAGGAAGUGAAAAGGUAGCUGGCUGCCCUGUCCUUUUCAUUGAGACUGGGAAGUUGUUUCUUGUACAUGUUUCUAGUUUGCAAAUUGGGGGCCACUUGAGGGUCACAAAGGCACAUUCUUUCUUUUCAGCAUCCAGCCUUGUCCAGAUGUGAAGUAUGGCAAGCGCAUCCAUGUGCUGCCCAUUGAUGACACAGUGGAAGGGAUCACAGGGAACCUGUUUGAGGUGUACCUCAAGCCAUACUUCCUGGAAGCAUACAGACCCAUCAGAAAAGGUAAGGGCACCUGGCACUAAACCAGUAGAGAAGCUGCUGUGGAAAAUACUUUAUAGACAAACUUUCUUCAACCUGCUGUUAUCCAUGUAUAUUAUUUUAUUAAUUGCAUUUUUAUGCCACCCUGAAUUUUUCAGGUGGUAAAGCAUGGUCAGGGAUGAUGAGAGUUGGAGUCCAAAACAUCUGAACAGUUGUAGUCCAAGACUAUAAACUUUUAUUUGGGUUGCUUGUGAGCUGGUGUCUUUGACUAAAUUUUCCCAGUUCUAUUUUGCCCCAAAUGAAAGUCUGGCUUCCUGCCAUGUGCAGUGAACAGUGGUGUUGCAGAAACUGCCUCUAGACCAUUAUCUGCUGUUUGAAACAGCUGUCAGUGUCUAAGCCGUAAGUCUAGAGGGUCUUUUGAUUGUGAAGCAUUGAGAAGUAGCCAAAAGCAGAGGGGCCUUGUUUUGAGCUUCUCUGGUGUGUAGCCAACUUUACAAUUCUGUAGGCCCUAUUCAGUCAAGUGAGGAGAGAGCGUGCAGUUCUGCCCCCCUCCCCCCUGGUAGUAGUGGUCAGGCUGGCUUGCCAUUACUCCUAGUAGCAACAUCUGCCAUUCCUGUUCCCUUUGGGGAAGUUCCCAGAGCUACUAGUGCCACUGUGACCUUGUCCUAAACUGAGUCUAUAGUAAAGGAAGCAUCUCCUCUGGAAACCUACAGCUGCUCCCUCAGUUCUCAGCUUUCUUAAGUAGAGGGAUGGGGAACCGUUACAACUCUUGAGAGUACUUGUUCUGGAGGUGGGUGGUGUCUUGACCCUCAUUAACAUGCUGAUAAUUUCAGGGGACAUCUUCCUUGUGCGCGGAGGGAUGCGUGCAGUCGAGUUCAAAGUGGUGGAGACAGACCCCAGCCCAUACUGCAUAGUAGCUCCAGACACUGUGAUUCACUGUGAGGGAGAGCCUAUCAAACGAGAGGUGAGUUGAGCAGGCCUCUUCCACAGCUCUCAUUCUGUGACUUGGAGUGGGCCGUAAGCGGUGUGGUGGGGAAACAAAGUUGAGGAUUAGAAACACUGUCUGCUAUUUGGUUCUUGGGGGAAAGUCCCCCUAUGGGAAGGAAGGCAGAGCUGUUGAAUACCAAAGCAGCCAUGUGCUAUGUUCCUGUCACAGGAAUUUCCCAUUCCCAGCUAAAGUGGUUAUUGUAGCUUUGGCACAUGUUCCUAUGAUGGAUGAACUGGACAAGGCUGUAGACUGAGAUCAUUUCCUUGGGUGCUAUACCACCCAAGUGGGUAUCUGGAAUAGUGACCAGCUGGUUUUUAACAUAUUGUCUGUUAGGAGGAAAAGAAAAUGUUUGAUAACAUAGGAUAAGAGCCAUGUUGGAAAUUAUUAUUAUUAUUAGUAGUAGUAGUAGUAUUGUUAUUGUAUACCACCAUUCAUCUGAAGAUCCCAUGGCAGUUAACAGCAGGAAAGUACAAGAUGAGAAUAAGAAAUACAUAAUAAAACAAAUAUAAAUGCACCCUCCCCUUGCACAAACAUAUUUUAAAAAGCCAUAAAAUGUUAAUCAGCUGAACGCCUGUUGAAGAGAGAGGUUUUUGCCUGGUGCCUAAAGAUAUGUAAUGAAGGCACUAGGCAAAUCUCGCUGGGGAGAGCAUUCCACAAAUGAAGAGCCACCACAGUAAAGGCCUGUUCUCAUGCUGCCACCCUCCGGACCUCACGUGGAGGAGGCAUGUGAAGAAGGGCCUCCAGUGAUGAUUGCAGGGCCUGAGUUCACAUGUAGAGAAGCAGUCCUUGAGGUAUUGUGGUCCUGAGCCACAAAUAAGCACUCAUCCAACUUGACUGGAUCUUGGUCCUGAAGUCCUUUUAUGAGCUAGCUCAUAAAAAUAUAGUAUGCUUGGGACUUGGCAUUUCUGAAUUUAUCUGAUAUGGUUGUCAUACUACUUUGACCAUGAGGUCCUCAGUGCAUUUAUUCUCUGUCCCUUGAAAACAUGCCAGGAUGAAGAGGAGUCCCUGAAUGAAGUGGGCUAUGAUGACAUUGGAGGCUGUCGAAAGCAGUUGGCUCAGAUCAAGGAAAUGGUUGAGCUGCCUCUGCGGCACCCUGCUCUCUUUAAGGCUAUUGGUGUGAAGGUGAGCAUCUGCCCCACUCAUGAUGGGUUGGACUCUGUGUGGGUAGCAAACAUGUCCUGCAGGUGCUGCUUCUGCUCAGGUGUGCAUGUACUAAUGAAUGCUAGAGCCCUGCUUCAAGAGUGCUCUGAUAUCAUGCGCUGGUGUAUCUCUAUAUUUAAUAAAAUCUGUAUAUAGCUUGAUUGUCGAAAAUCUCAAAAGUACUUUACGAAUAGAAUAAAAUAACAAAAAUAUUAGUAAAAGCAGCUGUUUAAAGCUUUCAAAUCGUCAUUAAAAUCAGCAAUAAUCUAAAGACAGAUUAAAAUGCAUGUAAAUAUUCUACGUAUGUUGGUAGGCUUGUCCAAACAGAAAUGUUUUUAGCAAGCACCGGAAGAACACAAUGAAGGUGAAAAUUGAGGCAGCGUCUUCAUUGCCACCUGCCCACCCAGGCAAAUAUGAGUGCCACCUUCCAUCACUGUAUACGACUGGGAGAUCAGGGCCACAGAUAGUAAACUCAGGCCUGGGUGUAUGCACAUCCCACACUGUCAGAAGGAAGAUUAUAAAUCCACUCCAACUCUUAUCCCCCUGCCGCUCACUCGGGGCAAGGGGGAACCCUAGCAAACCAUACUUCCCCUCAACCAGGCUCUCACCCUGGGAGAGGGAUGCAGGACUGUUUUCCACAAUGUCUGGCCUACAAUUCUAUAUCAUAGGGAUGGGGGCGUUCACCUGUCUCUGUGACUCCUGAAGUGGUGGUGAAUCCCUUUGGCAUCAUCCCCUGCCACCCUUGGCAGGUCCUUUACCACACCCCUGCCUGUAUUCACCCAGCCAGCAAUCAAGCAGUGUCCCAUGCUCCAGUCAGCACAGACACACUUACCUGCAGGCAGAUAACCAUGCAGGUCAAACAGAGUGCUGCAGUGAAAACCCACACUCUUGCUGACUGGGAGAGCAGACCAGGCACAGACCAGGAUGGUGCAAACUAGCCCUUCCUUGCUUAGUCCUCUGUGGUGUACAUAGGUGCUGAGUGUGUAGGGCUGUGGGUGUUCCAGGCCCCACAACAUUCCCCAUGACGGGACUGGCCACAAAUGUUGGUGCCGGGAGGCAUGUGGUCUUACAUCAGCACGCUUGCUGAUGUGCACAUGUGAUGUCAUGUGCAUACUCCGGCGGGCGUGCCGAUGUCAGACUCACGCGUGCCUGUGGCGUGCACGGCCCAAGGCACCCACGGUCCUAGGGCCAAGCUGGCGAUGUGUGGUACUGGUUGAUCCCAGACUGCACAGAUACUUUCUGGAUAGCACUACAGGUCUUUACCAGAAUUUGGAUUUAACCCUCAAAUGCUAAGCAACGUACCUGCCUUUCUCUAGCCUCCCCGUGGAAUCCUGCUGUAUGGUCCACCGGGUACUGGGAAGACCUUGAUUGCCCGAGCAGUGGCUAAUGAGACUGGAGCUUUCUUCUUCCUCAUCAACGGUGAGUGCCUGGGAGCAGCUUCAUGGUUUUUAUUUAUCCAAGUUUAUAUAGUGUUUGUUAAAGCCUCAAAUUGGUUUACAAAACCCCCCAUUAAAAUUAUCAAUAAAAGACAUUUAAAAUGGGUAUUUAAUAAAAAUAAACAGUAAGCUAAAACGGAUUAAAGCACAUGUAGCUUCUGCAUGCCUGGAUAGGUUUUGGAAAAGUGUAGUGAAGGCAGUUUUGGAAAAGUCUAGUGAAGGCACCCACAUUAUUACUAUUUUUAUUAUUGUAAAUUUUAUAUGGUCUUUAUACCCACAGAUCUGAGGGUGGUUCACAACAUAAAAUCACAAUAUAAAAAACACAUAAUACAUAAUAAAAAUGAAAACAAAGACAAUGCAAUAAUCCCCCUGGUCCAUAAGCAGGGAGUUGCAAAGGCUAGAUGCUGCCACGCUAAAAUGUUCCGUUUACUUGCAACUGUGGAAUGAGUGAUGUGGCAUUGAUGACAGUGACAGUUCCACAGAGUGAAGCGGUUGAGUGGGCUUUUUUAGGGUAAGGUAAUCCUGCAAGUAAACUGGUCCCAAAACUGUUCCGGGCUCUAUGCCUUGCACUUGUUCUUGUAGCAGAUUGGUAACCAGUGCCGAUCUCUGAGCAGAGAUGUUAUAUGCCAGCAGGGUCUUACUCCUAUCAGCAGCUGUGCUGCAGAUUUCCAAACUAACUACAGCUUCUGGAUCAGGUGCAAGGGAAGCCCCCCAUAAAGUGCAUUGAAGUCACCAUGUCUGAGUUGCUGUGGUCAUGCUCAUGUUGACUCCUUCAGCUGUAUGGCUAGCUUGAUAUUGAGCAAAAGGCAGUGAGGAGGAGAACAAGUGAGCCUUUCAAGUAGAGCCUGUUUUUAAAAUGUCUUUCCUUGUGGACAAGACCUUUCACAAGAGUUAAAUUUUCGGUAUGGAGGAUUCCUUGCUAAAAUUACAUCUCAGUUUCAGUAUCUUCUUUCUCUGUUGGAUGAGAUUGCAUCAUAUUGUGUAUUGCUGCCAGGUGACUUUGGGCACUUUUUGGUAUACUUGUGCUUCCUAGCCAGCUUGCAGUGAUGCGCAGCUCCCUUUCCUCCUGGAUCAUCAUGGUGGUUGCCCAUGAGCAGGGGAGCAGAGCCCCCCUGCUGUGCUCUCCUUCUAUAGAGCUGCUUCUCUCCACCUUUUGAUAUUAGUACCAAAGGGAGUUCUGUAAAAUCCUGGAUGAAGGCCAGAAGAGCACUGCAUUGAGCACAUGCUUCUCAGUCUAGGAACUGACACAGACUCUUCAGUUAUUAGGUGACCUCAAAGUAACCUAAAUAAAUAGCAAAUGUUAUCAAUGCAAUGUAGGGCAACAGCUCAAAAUUACAAUGUAGGCAGCAAAUAAAAUAUAACAAUAUAUCAAAAUGCACCACUUUAACAGAGAACGUAGUACUAAACUCUUGGAAACAGCUGCCCAUUUUCAGUUAUAAGAUCUCAACUCAGCCUUGCUUCAGGGGAGGAUCCUUAUUCUUCCCUUGGGUGCUGGGUGUUUAUGAAAGGCUUUGCCAAACUCAGUUGUCAAUAGAGAACCUGUCUCCUUGGAAACCUCACUUGCCCCCUUGAGGAGCCUAAAGGAAGUACUUUGAUCUAUGCAGGUCAAUUUCAGGUGAAUAGAAAGUGGUGAGUCUACAGUGGUACCUCGGGUUACAGACGCUUCAGGUUACAGACUCUGCUAAACCAGAAAUAGUGCUUCAGGUUAAGAACUUUGCUUCAGGAUGAGAACAGAAAUCGUGCUCCGGCGGCAGCAAGAGGCCCCAUUAGCUAAAGUGGUCUUCAGUUUAAGAACAGCUUCAGGUUAAGUAUGGACCUCCAGAACGAAUUAAGUACUUAACCCGAGGUACCACUGUACUCUCUGUUUUUGAAUCGAAAAUAGCUACAUCAGUCUGCAGAGGUUCAUUGGCUCAGUUCACACACAACCUUCAGCCAAUCCAUGACUUGGCACGUGUGUGCAGGCUCCCAGAGAGGAGAUGGCAGCCGCUUUGUCCCUCUGGUCUGCUGCUGCAUUUUGUGAGUUGAACCAUGGCUUGGCUUAUCAUGUUGUCUUGUUUCAGACAAACCACAAGCAGUGAAAGAAGAAUAGACCUUGGUUACAGCUUGUGGCAUGUCUGGAGUGAGCUUAGGUUUACAGGACAUGCCAAUCCAAUCCAUGGCUUAGCUCACAGCAGGGCGGCACCAGCAGCAUGACUGGGAGAGGAGCUAAGCAGCCAUGAUCUUCCCUCCAGGAACCUACAUUCUUGCACAUUCACACUAAGCCAUAGUUGCAUGUUAAUGGAGUCAUUGAAAGGCAGAGAGGAGAAAUGGAAAGCCAGGAUACGGAGCAGAUGGAGUAGUUCCCAGACUGGAAGUUUGGGGCUGCCACUGUUGAUCGGCUCAGGUGUUGGGUUGGAAAGGAGUUUGAGUGCCACGUGGACAGUGUUAUGGACAAACAGUCCAACUGGGGUGACGAGCCAAAUAAUAUCACACCACAGGUGGAAAAAGAAAAGGUUUGUUCAGACUGCAGUCAGAAGAUACAGCGGAAAUCCAGUUCCAAAUCAUGUACAAAGGUUACACGGCAAGGAUCACACAGAUUUAUACAUUUCAAAUGCGUUGGUUCCAACUUGGUCACCUGGCUAAGGGGUUGAUGGCAUGUUUGGGGAUUUCUCUAGCUUGUUCUGCUGAUUAUUAACUUGGUCAGUACCACGGUUAGAAACUGAUAUAUGGAAGCUAGGAGCUAAAGGGCACCUUAAACCAAGGUUAGGGCACGACAACAGAAUGUCUAGGCGCCCUUUUUUUUAACAAGAAUACAAAGCUGAAAAUGAAUGAACUGCAGCUAAGGUACUAUGUUCAUUUUUCACAUGGUCUAGCCCUUCCCCUGCCCACCCCCCUAAUAUUCUUAAUAGGGUCUUCUCCAGUCUUCAGAGAGUAGCUGGCAGUGGGGAGGCAGAAAAAGGUCCUUUCCUUCCAUUCUGCAGUUUAAAUCUGAAAUCGUAGGCCCAGUAUUGCACCCACAGCUCAGAAACUGCUCGCACUAAUGAAAUUCCCUGUUGCAAAAUGCACCUAGAACAAUGGGAGUGUCGAACAGUGGUCAGUACUAUUUUUAGGGAAGAGAAAAGGACAUGGUCACGAGAUAGGGGAGUUCGGUGCCAGCAGCCUUCUGAAAGCUUUUGCUGACCACCGCAAUGUAGUGCUUACGGGAGAUUAGUCAGGAGGGUGAAAAAUUAACAGACAAAUCAAAAGUUUUGGCUCUUCCCCCUUCAAGCUGAGUUAAAAUGUUACCGGGAAGGCCAAAACUAAUAUAGCUUGCUUGCUUCUAGCUAAUUUCUGAGGCCAAAGCUAAAGUCCGCUGUAUGUAGAAAAGAUGGGGUCUCUUGCCUGAUAGAUGAGAUGAAGCUGGGGUCUCUUUGGUUUUCCUCUUCUCAGGUUCCUACCAGCAGUGCUGCUUUAAACAGGACUGUGACUUGGGUUUGUCAUUUGUGACUGCUGUCACCUUCUUCCUCUUUAAGUAACAUACUGCCAUUUUCCCACAGGGCCUGAGAUUAUGAGCAAGUUGGCGGGUGAGUCGGAGAGCAACCUGCGGAAGGCCUUUGAGGAAGCGGAGAAGAAUGCUCCGGCAAUCAUCUUCAUUGAUGAGCUGGAUGCCAUUGCUCCAAAAAGAGAGAAGGUGAGUCUUCUGCCAAUCCGUUGAUGGAGCUCAGUUCUAUGGCUACAGCACUUUGAGAAGGGAUUCUUGAGCAAGUGGUGAGUGAUAGGCUGGGGUGCAGGUGGCGCUUGGCUGUCCCAAGGCAUGUUGAAGGCCCUCAGUCUGGACUUAAGCUCUCCGAAUGUUCUGUCUCCUGCAAUCAGGUAUUGUAAGGAAGCUUAGCGUUCUUAUGAGUUGCAUGGCAGAGGAGCUACACUUCAUUGCUAGGCCUAGUUAGGUUUUCUGCUUUGUAAACAGACCUUCUGAGAGGAGGGCUAGGCAGCACACCUACCCAUUCUGGAUGUUGAUGGUGAUGAUAGGAAUUCUUGCCACAGUAGUAGUAGCAGUAGUAGUAGUAGUAGUAGCAGUAGUAGUAGUAGUAGUAGCAGCAGUAGUAGUAAUUUAUUACUUGUUCCCUUCCCAUCUGACUGGUUUUCCCAGCCACUUUGGGCAGCUUGCAACAGAAAGGAGUUGGUGUUGGGUUGCCAGCAUUUUCCUCCUCUUUGCAUUAUGCAUCUCGUAGGUCCUGAACUGAAGUCUGCAUUUGAUCCCAUGUUUGCCCUAGAAUUAUUACUUGGGCUGGAUUAUCUUACUGCUUGGUUUUUAAGCUUGAUUUUUGGGGGCCAGGGGAAAGGGUGGCUUGUGGUGAAGCUGUACCCCGACUUGUGCCUUGGGAUCGGGCGCUUUCCUAGCAGAUCUUCACACUAUUGGCUGUUCUCUCCACAGACACAUGGCGAAGUAGAACGGCGCAUUGUGUCUCAGUUGCUUACACUUAUGGAUGGCCUGAAGCAGCGAGCGCAUGUGAUUGUAAUGGCUGCUACCAACAGACCCAACAGCAUUGAUCCAGCACUCCGGCGAUUUGGUAACUAGGCUUGUUCUGUUGUGAGGGUGUUACAGUGUGAUAGAUGUUGGCUCAAUACUUGCAAUAGUCUGUGGGUAACUUAAGUACUAGAGCAGACCUGCACAAAGCAUGGAUGCAGUGCAGUCUCCUUUAUUAGUAUUUUUAGCCCCUGGGAGAAAUUUCAGGUUUGCUCAGCUUGUAAACUCCCAGUGCCACUUAAAAACAGAAAGCUGUGUACUGUAUAUGUACAAAUCACAGUGCACCUUUGCUUAGACUUUCACAUGAUAGUGAGGGUACAGACGUGGUGACAGGAGAGGAAUCGUAGCAGUGUAGCAUUGUCAAGUUGGAAGGGACCCUGAGGGUUAUCUAGUCCAACCCCCUGCAAUGCAGGAAUAUGCAGCUGUCCCAUAUGGGAUUGAACCUUUAACCUUGGUGUUAUCAGUACCAUGCUCUAACCAACAGAGAGUGCACGCUUCUUGGUGGGCACCUUUCAAACAGACAUUGCUUGAUAGCAGAGAGCUGAUUGCCUAGUUCGUAUAUGCAGCAGAAAUGAAUUUAAAAAAACCAUUUCCUGGAUUGUACCACUUCCAGCUGCACCUGGAGAUUUUCAUGUGUGAAUGCUGCUAUGUAGAAAAACAGCAUAUUAAGGAAGGCUAAACUUGACCCUUUAAAAAACAAAAACAAAACCAGCCUUCCUCUGAUAAAUAUGAGAGAAUGUGGAAGGCAGGAUAAGUAACACUGACCCCAUUAACCUUCUCUUUAAAAUGUAUAUAAUUAUGUUUGGGAAAGGGUGUCUGUGUUAAUGGCAGCUAAUUUAACAAGCUGGAUCAAAUAACUUCCUUUUUAUUUCUUUUUUACUGAAAGAGACCUCUUUUCUUACCUUGGUCUUAAAACACAUAUUCUCUGAAAUUGAGUAGAGUUUCUUUUCAAGUCAAUAAUCGUACAAACACAGCCUGAAAGCACACUGCUGAGAUAAAGCUUCUUCACUUGUUAAACAUCAUCUUGUUACCUUGUGGGGAAUGUCCAUUAACUGUUGUGUUUCCCUGAGGUCUUUUUAACACCCAGUGCUCCCAUUUUGCUGUUCUGCGGCAUGUGGGCUUGGCCUUGGUGGCCUUUGUGCAUGGGGGAGUGACAUAAGUACAGAAGCAAAUGUCAGUGUUGAUUUUGGUGCCCCGCAGGUCGCUUUGAUAGGGAGGUGGACAUUGGCAUUCCUGAUGCUACUGGCCGCCUGGAGAUCUUGCAGAUUCACACCAAGAACAUGAAGCUGGCUGAUGAUGUUGAUCUGGAACAGGUUCGUUGGUUUCUUUUCUUGCCCCUAUGUGAUAAGGCUCACAAGCGUCAUGAUUUUUGGGGUCUUCUUUUUUUUUUUAAAGCGUUUAUUAAUUUUCCAAUAAAAACAUCCAAUUAACAUAUCAAAUCAGAUCCAAUAAAAAUAAAAAACUAAAAUAAAAAAGGUCCAAUUGUCUUCCAAAUUGUAAUAAUUUUGUUUUGACUUCCCAUGGUCUGAAUUUCGAAGUGCAUUCAACAUCAUAGUCCUUUUUUUUUUAAUGAUAUUUAUUAAAAUUUUAAAGAAAAGAAAGAGAUUACAUUAAUAAGAAAAUUAACAAUAAAAAGGAAAAAUACAAAAUACAAAAAAAGAAAAAACAGUUAAAAACAAUUCCAUCUUUUCAUCACUUCUCUUACAUUUACUUAUUUCCCGGACCUCCUCAUACCACCCUCUUUUGUAUUCCAAUUCAAUUUGUUAGUCCAGCAAUUCCUUUCCCUCCUUUUUAAUCCUGAUCUUUAAUCUUGAUAUAUUAUAACAUUAAAUUUUUACGUAUUAAAAACCAAUUUUUCCAUAUUCUUUUAUACCAUUACAGCUAGAAACCACUUAACUUCAAUCCAACAUCAUUCUAACAUUCAUUAAUUUUACAAUAUUUCUGUAAGUAGUCUUUAAAUUUCUUCCAAUCUUCUUCCACCGACUCUUCUCCCUGGUCUCGGAUUCUGCCAGUCAUUUCCGCCAAUUCCAUGUAGUCCAUCAUUUUCAUCUGCCAUUCCUCCAGUGUGGGUAGCUCUUGUGUCUUCCAAUGCUUUGCAAUAAGUAUUCUUGCUGCUGUUGUAGCAUACAUAAAGAAAGUUCUGUCCUUCUUUAACACCGAUUGGCCAACUAUGCCCAGGAGGAUCAACAUCAUAGUCCUGCCUCUCAUCAUCCUCAAUGUUAUUCAUAAUUCCAUGUCCGAUUUUUCCCUUCCACAUUUUGACUCUGGUUCUACGAUCCUCAUUCAUGUCAGAAAACCGAUACUUUUUUUUUCUAUGGAGUGCAGAUUUGUCCGUAUAUUGUACUCCUUCAGCUGUUUUUUCAUCGCACCGUUUCAUUUAAUUGCAUCCAAUUUCAAAGUUCUGUCCAGCUCUUUGAGAGUUGUUAUUUUGGCAGCUCCCAGAUCGUUAAUCUUUCCCGUCCAGGUGUUAUCAAACAAACAGAGAGAAAUUUCCUUCUGUACCCUCCUUGUUGAUUUAUCUUAAACAGACCUUUUGCAAUGCAGUCAUAUAUCAGACAGUUAGCAAUUGGCCUUUGGAAUCUUCCCAGUCCCCCCUCCGGGCCCUAGAGGGGGGCUGCCAGACAUCCAUUUAGCCCUCUCUCUCGCUCGUAAUCAAAAAAACAUCUUUUUGCAAACAGUUGUAUAUGUAAUAUUGUUUCCAGUCUUUAUAACCAACCAUCCGUUAGCUCCUGUUUCUCGUAAUCAGGGAAGUAUUUCAGAUAUUCAAUAACAGUGUGGUGGGAGACGCCAUUUUGUCCUUUGUUUUCGUCUUUAACAGACAUUUCCAGUCUUAGAAGAGAAGUGGCUGCGAGUAGAUCCCAAUUAUAUAUGAAAGUCCAUCUGAACUCACUUUUUGAAGAGCAAUUUAAGUUCUUAAUGAGACUUGGCAUGCAUUACGGAUUGUUGAUGUUAAGGAUAAAAGAAUGUUUUAUUUACAUACCAAGCCCCUCCACAUUCCAAACGUCAUGAUGAGGAUCUCUUUGAAGUUCGAUCUUUUGUACCAGAGACUGUACAUACUGCAGGUUUUUUCCAGCUUCUUCAAUUCAGAGCGUGUCUGUUUGUUUUCCAAAUCUUUAUAUUUUCCCAAACAGAUGCGUCCGGCUAUGGGGUGGCGUCGCAGGAGUGUCAGCCGUCCCUAGCUCCGUGACCCAGUGCCCCUGCCGUCUGCCACAUCGGCAAUCUGGGGCAGACCGCGGGUCGUUGAGACAGUCCUCCCCUGCCCUGGGGAGGCUGCCAGGGCUAAUUACCCCCAUAUCAGCCCUGAAUUAUCGGAACGGCUGAAGUCCGAUUGUGUGGGAUCAGCCAUUUUCCACCGCCGGAAACAGGAAGUCCGCGGUUCAGAGCAUUUUGAGGGACCGAUUUUUGGGGUCUUCUUGAGUGGUUGGAGCAGCUGGGUUCCUUUUCCUCAAGGAACUGCCGCUUGGAGCACCUGCUUACUCCUGCUUCUUCUUCCCCUGCUUCAGGUGGCUAAUGAGACCCACGGCCAUGUGGGUGCAGACUUGGCUGCUUUGUGCUCAGAGGCAGCUCUUCAGGCCAUCCGGAAGAAGAUGGAUCUCAUCGACCUUGAGGAUGAGACCAUUGAUGCUGAAGUGAUGAACUCGUUGGCUGUGACCAUGGAUGACUUCAGGGUAAGGGGGAUGCGUCCAUGUCUUCUCUCUGUGGGUGUGGGGGAUCAUGCCGGCAAAUUGUGCAUGUGUCAAUGAACCACCUCUUUCCACCUCUCCUUGCAGUGGGCCCUGAGCCAGAGCAACCCCUCAGCCCUGCGCGAGACGGUGGUAGAAGUGCCACAAGUUACUUGGCAAGACAUUGGAGGCUUGGAAGACGUCAAGCGAGAACUGCAGGAGCUUGUACAGGUGAGGCUGUUGAUGUCAGACUCCCAGUUACCAUCCUUAGACCAAGCUGAGGGCCUUGUCAUGGGCAGCAGCAUUGGUUAUCAGUCACUCUUUUGCAUAGGAAAAUAUAAAUCGUUCUUUAAAUAUAAAUGGAUGCUACAUUGGCAGGAUAUGGGGGGGGGGAGAGCCGGAUAACCAGAUGUUCUUUGAACUUCUACUGUUUCUUGGUUAAAAGUGUAGGAGGUAGUCCUGACUAAGGGCUGCACAUAGCUCUUGCACACCCUUCCAGUUACUGAACAGGGAGGCCCCACUGUCACAUAAGCCUUCUCUGUUCUCUUGGCUGUUUAAGUGUAUCUUGCUUGAAUGGUUCUGUUUCUAAUGCCUGCCAAGUCUUUUUACAAAACUCAGAGCCCUGUAAUGAGACCUGCAGGUUUAGGGCCACAUACUUGCCAAGGAACGUGGCUUAUGUACUUUCUCUGCAUUUAUAAACGCAGCUGGCGAUGUUCCUUUAGGAUCCUGGGGGUAGCGCUCUCAUGGCUGACUUCAGAACAGAAGAUCUCACUUUCUCUGAGCUUUUAAGCUGGAUUGUUUUCAGUCACAGCAUUACUUGUAUGUCGUUUAUGUUUGGCACCAUAUGGCUGCUCCAGUGUAAGCAUCAGUUAUAUAAUUUUGGGUUGUGCGUUUGUGGUGAGAUUAACGACCAUGACGCCAUAAAAUCCUCAAUCUGCCGACCCCCAGGCCUUUACCAGGGUCACCAGCUUGUGCUCAUCCAGUAGGUGAGGGGAUGCCGGCUUAUACUCCCGGGCUAUUCUAUAAGAAGUAGCAGCAUGUGCGAGGAAAGAACAAAAGUCCAACUCUGAGCGGAUGUUGCACCUCUGCCUCUCUGUGACUCAGUGAAGCAUUGCUUGCUACUACAGAGCCCUUUCCAAGUGCUCCACGGCCACAAACAACACAGUGUGGCGAGGCCCUGAGCUCAGGAUGUUCUCUCCUCCCUUCCCUUUAACCUUGUGGGGCUGAUACUGAUCUUCUUCCUUCCACAGUAUCCAGUAGAGCAUCCUGACAAAUUCCUUAAGUUUGGCAUGACCCCCUCCAAAGGGGUGUUGUUUUAUGGGCCUCCUGGCUGUGGAAAGACCCUGCUGGCCAAAGCCAUUGCCAACGAAUGCCAGGCCAACUUCAUCUCUAUCAAGGGUCCAGAACUGCUCACCAUGUGGUUUGGAGAGUCCGAGGCCAACGUGCGGGAGAUCUUUGACAAGGUACAGCUCUCCCUGCUGGAUUUUCCCACUGGCAUUUCCAUGCCAGGUCUGGUGAAUUGGUUUCCUAGCGCUUGCAUGUUUUGAGGUCUGACCGGGCAUCCUUCCUCCACGCAGGCCCGCCAAGCUGCUCCCUGUGUGCUGUUCUUUGAUGAGCUGGACUCCAUUGCAAAGGCCCGUGGUGGGAACAUAGGGGAUGGUGGCGGCGCCGCAGACAGAGUCAUCAACCAGAUCCUAACAGAAAUGGACGGCAUGUCAACCAAAAAGAACGUUUUCAUCAUUGGCGCCACUAACCGGCCGGACAUCAUUGAUCCCGCCAUCCUGCGCCCUGGGCGCCUGGACCAGCUGAUCUACAUCCCACUGCCUGAUGAGAAGUCUCGUGUGGCCAUUCUCAAGGCCAACCUGAGGAAAUCGCCUGUUGCCAAGGCAGGUUUUGGGCUGACAGGAAUGCUGUGGGGGUGGGGUACAGAUAAAUGUCACUUUUUGUGUCUGCAGAGAACUUAGGAGUCCUGCAGAGAUCAGAGGUCAUGACUUGGACCAUGACGCAACUUUAUUUAGCCUUCUGACGCCCCUCCAGUUUUUAAUCAAGAUGCAUUGAAAUAUUUGCUUGCCAAUUCUUCAUGGUGGGAAAAGAAAAAUUAUUUGCAUUAGAGUGAAGGGUGGGAUAUCAUUAAAAAAAAAAAUUCACCUUCUCACAGUUCAUAGAAUCUUAAGAGUUGGGAGUUACCCAAGGGUAAUCUAGUCCAACCCUUCCUGACAACUGAUUAAAGUUACUUUGUUCUGACAAACAUUUGUCUUACUAGGCAAUUGAUUUGUGUUUUCUGUAGUAAACCUCAUUUUAAAAUGUUUGUUUUUAUCUGCUGCGCCUGUUUUUUGUUGCGCAGUUUUAUUUCUUUUUAUGCGGUGCUUUUGUUUUUCCUUGCUGUCAUACACUGCCCUGCAUGAUGGAAAUGCGUUGGAAGGGCAGGGGAUAAGUUGGCUUUAUAAAUUAAUGUGGGACCUCCCGUGUUUCCUCAGGACGUGGACCUGGAUUUUCUGGCUAAGAUGACCAAUGGCUUUUCAGGAGCCGAUUUAACCGAAAUUUGCCAGCGGGCCUGUAAGCUGGCCAUCCGGGAGUCGAUUGAGAACGAGAUCAGGCGGGAGAGGGAGAGGCAGACCAACCCUUCUGCCAUGGUGAGUGUCUUUGGACUUGUGGUGGAUAUUAACUCUUGGGGUGGGAAGGGGGGGUUGACUGUGGCUGUUGGUGGCGCCUUGUGCUCCUAACUGUGACUUGGCUGGUUUAGGAAGUGGAGGAGGAUGACCCAGUCCCUGAGAUCCGGCGUGAUCACUUUGAGGAGGCCAUGCGCUUCGCCCGCCGCUCAGUCAGCGACAACGAUAUCCGCAAAUAUGAGAUGUUUGCACAGACCCUUCAGCAGAGCCGCGGCUUUGGUAGCUUCAGGUGAGCAGAGCAUCUUGGCAUAGACUUUGUGUCCUCCCUCUUAGUAGCUCUUCAUAUUACAUGGGACUUCAUUUAUGACCCUGGGUUUUUGGAGAGGUCCAAAAGAGGUCCACCACAGCUGGUGUCAAAAAUGUGCAACUUGUGGUUCUGUGGUGUACAGAGCUGCUUUUCCUACUGGGCCUUUGCACAGUACCUGCUGUCAGAAAAGUGCUGUCCACAUUCCAAAACCUAUCUUGCCAUGAGAGCUUAACAGCUCCCAUUAGACGGGACGAGGAAUGCAGUGAUUGCCAUCGCUACUUGUGUUUCCCCAGUACGAGGUGUUGGGUCUCCCUCCCCCUUAUCAAUAUGGUAUUUGCAGCUUUUGGAAGAGUAUGUUUAUGUGAAUCCGUGAAUUAAUUUUUAUUUUUUUACCAAAAUGGCAUGACUGUUGUGCAGGUUUAAGCUGCUUGGUACUUAGAGUUUAGUGAGAGGGGACUGGAUCUGUUUGUAGAUCUCUUCCCUCUGUAGCCCAGCACUGCUGCCGUAUCCCCUCCCCUCCCUGUUACUACCCAGGAUCUCUGUCAUCCUGAGGUGUCCCUUGUAGCUCUGUGCCUUCACGACAGAGUGAAGGGCCUGCAUGGAACUGAGCAGAGGGGGAACCCAUUUGUGUGGCUCCUCCUUCCACAGCAAGGUGUAAAAUGGGAUGAAGCAUACAGGACAUGUGAUGUCUUGACGCUUGGCCAGAGAGCCAGAAACCCAGAGGGCUCUGAGAUGGCACUUUGAGGUAGGGCGUCUGCCAUGCAUUUCUGUGUCACAGCAAAGGUGGGGAACUGGAUCUGGCCAGAGGGCCAGACCCAGAAGUGGCCAGCUGUUGAGGGCCACUUUGACAGGUCAGGUAAUUUGAGACUUUUGAGCCACAGCUGCGAAGGGAGAACUGGUCAUGGGGAAGAAGGUGGCUGUGGCUUACCCCAAGCAGCCUUGAUGGCCUCCUGCUCCGUGGAAGGUAUUCAACAGCUGCUCUUCUCUGGCUGUUCUUUGCAGAUUCCCAUCAGGUAACCAGGGUGGUGCUGGACCCAGCCAGGGCACCGGAGGCACCGGUGGUGGGAACGUAUACAGUGAAGACAACGAUGACGACCUCUAUGGUUAAAGUGCUGCCAGAGCGGACCAAACUGCAGAGCAGGCCGUGUUGUACAGGGCGAUUCCAAUGGUCAGUGGACUCCUGGCUUCUUCAUUCCUUGGUCAGACCCGUGUAGCUGCGUGCCAGACUCUGUCAGCAGGAGUCUGUUGCUGCUGCUGCAAAUGCAAUGUUGGUUGGGAGGCAGGUGGGCGGGCAGUUGAGGAACUGACUACACUUCUGGGAAAUUUCUGUUCUAGUUUUAUGGCAGAAUCAGCAGCUUUAGCAACGGGUACAAUAGCCUGUAAAAACAAAAAGUUUGAAAGUUUAAAACCCACAAAAAUAAAUUAAAAAAAAUCCCAUAAGUUCAA